AGGUUAAGCCACUCCUUUACACUUCCAUUUCACCUUCCAACAUACUGUAAAAUAUCAGCCUGUUGAAGAGGAGCCUACAUCCAGCAGUGUUCAUGGUAUGUUCUUCAAUUCUGUACAAAAAUCUUAAAAUGUCUGUCUCCUCUCCAGAGUUAGAAUGUGGUAUUCUGUAGAAUGUGACUGGGUGUUUUUUGUUUAAGAAAUUAUGUCAUCUAAACCAUAUUCAAACAUGAUUCAAUAUAUAGGAAAGAAAACAAAUAGUAAUAAUCAAUAGCACUAUACUAUGCAUAGAAUAAAAACUAUUUCAAAGUAAAAUUUUAUUUUAGAGAACUGAUACGCAAAAUUUAACUAAAAUAGGAACAUUCUGACUAUAUAUAAAAAGAUAAAUAAAAAGAUAAAAAGUAGAUAAAAAGAUUAUCAUUUUGACUAUAGAGUUUAGUGAAAAAAAACACCAAACAUUUUCAAUAAAGCGAAAUGAAAUAUGCAUGCAGACAAACAAAAAGUACUUUGUAACGUGUUUGAAAAUCAUGAUAACAUGGUUUAGCCCUCUGGUUAUGUUUGCAGCUAAUUUACACGGUUUAUUUUAAAUGAAUAAUGUUUUACUCUGGGCUUUAUCUACUAGACUGCACUUUAUAGAUAAUUUAAAUCUGGAUGGCAACAUUUAGAAACCUGUGAUUAUAGCUGAUUUGGAGACUUUUUCCAGAAUAAUGUUUUUAAUGUACAGCGCUACGGAAUCUGAUGGCGCUAUAUAAAUAAUAAAAUAAUAAUAAAAAUAAUAAUUGUGCCAUUUCAAUUUUAAUUUGCUAAAAGUCAGGGAUUAGUCAUUAACACCACCCCUCCCCCAUGUGUAUAUUGCUAUUGUUUCAUGAAAAUAUUUGAGAAGUACGUUAGUAAUAUCAUUUUCUUUGGAUGCAACCUCUGUCUAUGUCUGGGAAUUUUAAUAGUUAACCUACUUCUUACAUGUUGACACAUUUCUAAUGAAUAAAUAUAUUUACAGAAUGAACAUCUUCUUAGAACUGUAUUCUGUCUGUUUGUCUUUCUAUCUAUAAAUUAUAACACGAAGGUAAACUAGAGGACACUGAGACAUUUGGGGACACUGGGAGACUUGGGGACACUGAGACUAUGUAUCAGUGUCCCUAUGUAUCAUUGUCUCAGUGUCCCAUGUAUCUGUGUCCCCAUGUUGCCCCGUGUCUCCAUGUUGCCCAGUACCCCCUAUUGAGACAUGGGGACACUGGGAGACAUGGGGACACUGAGACACUAGGGACACAGACACUAGGGACACAGACACUAGGGACACUGGGAGACAUGAAAACACUGAAACACUGGUUGGGAGACAUGGGUACACAGACACUUGGGGACAUUGUGUCCUUAGUGUCUCAGUGUCCCCAUGUGUGUCUGUUUCCCUGUGUCCCCAUGUGUCUGUGUCCCCAUGUCUCCCAGCGUCCCCUAGUGUCUCAGUGUUCCCAGGUCUCAGGGUCCCCUAGUGUCUCAGUGUCCCCAUGUCUUAGUAUCCCAUUGUCUCAGUGUCCCCAUAUGUGUCUGUGUCCCUGUGUCUCAGUGUCCCCAGAGGUCUCCAUGUGUCACCAGGUCUCAGUGUCACUUAGUGUCUCAGUGUCCACAUGUCUCCCUGCAGCCUUUACCCCAUCCCACACUUCCCUGAGCUGUUAUCUGUCUUUGCAGGCUGGGAGCUGCUGUCUGGACUCUCUGUGCUGUGUAGCUGCUCCCCCGCAGAUCAGUGAGUUGAGAGAUGCAGAUAUGCUGUAACUUCCUAUCCCUGCCCCUCUCAACACACAGUGACCCCAACGGGCCAGUGUUGGUAUUGCAGAGUAAUCUCUGUUUAUACUGAGAAAAAUACCGGCAUUUGUAUUGCUGUUACUACUGCAAUAUCGGCAGCGGCCAGGCAGCCUCAAAUAAAUACCGGCCAGGGGGCAAUCCUAAGAGUAGUGUGUAAAAAAUAAAUAAAAAAUAAGUGAAGACAUUUUUUUUUUUUUUAAAUCAAUGGGCCUAUUCCCUGGGCCUAGAGCUGAAGCUCCAUCAGCCCCUAUGUUAAUCCGGCCCUGCCUCUGUCGCCUGAUAGUAUAUGUCCCUUAAAUGCCAAUUAAAGCUUUCUGAAAUAUUAAGAAAUAAUAUUAUAUUAUAAAUAAAUGCAAUGUCAAAGUAUUUCUCUGCUUGUUAAGAUUAUUGGGUAUCCCUGUUACAGUAAAAAAGAAUUUGCAGAAUUCAAACUCAUCUUCUAUACUGCAUCGUCCCAGUUUCGCUGCCGGAGCCAAUCCUCUUCUCCUGAGAUAAUCUAUCAUCAUUCAUCAUAGAUCUCUGAUGAUAUCGUGUCAUUCCAAUGCUUCUCAUAAAGAGAGACAAAUGUGGAUAUCACCAUUUCUCACAAUUGGCAUACAAAGUGCACGAAUGGCAAUCGCUACAAUCUGACAAAAUAUGCUUCUCACAGAGAAGCAUUAAAACUAAGGUUCCGCUACGAGAAUCACUCACACUGCACUACAGUUGAAAGUGAUCUCUCUCGAAUCUCCCUGAUAGUGGAGACGUGUAAGAAUUUAUAAAACGGCUGUCUCUUUAUGAUCACGUUUCAAAAAGAAUUAAAAAGGGACAAGUUGUUAACCCCUAAAGGAACUGGCACGUUCCUUUAAUGCAUGACUGUACAACAAUAUUACUUCCAUUAAAUGUUACAAAAUAAUAUAGAACCCACUCCAUGUCAUAUCAACAAUUUCUCUUGGUCUACUGAGAAUAAUAUUUAAUUUCCUAAAGGUUUCAUUAUGUAAAAUAUAAGCUAUGUGUAUAUUCAAAGUUAAUGAGUGUUUUAACAUCUAUGGUGUACAUUGUUUAGUUUGUUUUAGUUUUUUUUUUUUCAUUUUGCUUCCUCAUUCCAAUCUAGACAAUGUGUUUCUUAACAGCUAAUUUCAGGUCUACCUGUAAUUCAAAAUGUGCUUAUUUAGGAAAUUCGAUAAAAGGUUGCUGACACAUAUGACAAGAAUUUUUUGUGCAUGACCUUUACAUGCCAAUGGGUGUCAGGCAAAUCCUAGUUUGCGAAGUUAUAGACUGAGUUAUCUGUACUAGUAAAUUAAGUAAACAGUAAUUUCAGCCCAUGAAAUGAACGAUUGGGCGGCUGUGUUGUCAUUAAAACUGAGCGAUUUGCCAAGAAAAUCAGAUGAACACACCUGAAAGAUAAUACAAUAAGUAAAAGAAUAUUAUUAUUUCUAUUAUUAUAAGGCCAAACCAAACACAGCGACAUCCUGUAUUAUUUUUAAUAUUACUCACAUUAAUGAGUGCACUGAAGAAUACUGUGUAUAUGAAGCCUAUAAAGACAAUUUACUCAAAAUGACACAGGAAACCUUGUAUUAUUGAUGUCGGACUCGGCCCAUAGGGGUAGAGUGGGACACAAGUAUAUGGUAAGCAUAAUGGAAUUGUGUAACUUUUUAAUCCUCCAAGAUAUUGUUAUGAUUCAUUGUUAUGCUCCUAUGAUUUAAUGUGGUGUGAAGUAAUUGGAACCAAACCUAGCAGAGAGGCAGCUUGCAUGCAUCUUACUCAGAGACUAUAGGUCCCUACAAUAAAAGAUUAUCUUCCAGCUCCAAAGAUGUUAAUGGGCAAUGGACAAGUGAGAUCUAUGAGGCUUUAAUUAGCAUAACAUUGGCAGGAGAAUGUAUGUGCCCAUAAAGGGUUAACCCAUACAGACACUAUGAAAUAGGACCUGGAAAUUGGGAUUUCAAAUUGUAAUCUUUGCUGGCAUCCAAUGGGUUAAGUCUGGAUGAAAACUGAGGCUAUGUGAACCAUAAAUGGUUAAAUUGUGCGGCUAGGGUGCAUUUUGGUUGGCAGGACUGCAUGGGGUUAAUUAUAUGCUUAUUUUACUGCUUAAAAUGUAAUGUCUUAUUUAGUUUUACAUGAUGACAUGUGCUUUAAAAUAACUAGCUAACUAACCAACCAACUACAUAAAAAAGCAAAUAAAUAAAUAAAUAAGAAUGUGGUCCAGGUGAAGUGUGGAGGAAACACACAUAAACAUUUUAACAGGUAUGUUUAGUUUGCAUACAAAUCAGUGUGGCAUGCAUCAUUUAAAAUUUACUACAUAAAUGGUGUACAGCAGAUCCAUACCUCCCAAAUGUCCCGAUUUAGGGACAGUCCCUGUUUUGGCCCCAAAUCAUUCUGUCCCAUUUUCUAUCCUCAUGUUCCUCUUUUCCAAAAGCUCCAUUUUAUUGUUGUAUCUUCUUGUAUAACAGAGUGCGACAGCAAUAAUACAGUAAUGUGUCUUUAAAUUACACUAAAUGUGUUUGGAGCACAGUCUAUAUAAAUAUGAUACAUUAUACUUGUUCUAAAAACAUGUAAGUUGCAUAAAUUGUCAUUAGUAAUAAUACACUUUUGCUUAAUACAAUAGUUUUGGUGCAAAGACCAAAACACUCCCACUUACUCCCCUAAAAUUAAAGUGUCCCUUUAAUCCCUUUGUCUAUUUGAAAUGUUGGGAGGUAUGCAGAUCAGAUCAUGUAAACUUCUGGAAAUCUGGAGGAUAAAAAGGUUAAGAGUUAAGAAUUUAUUGAUAUCUCUUUCAUAAUUUUUUUAGAAUUGAUGACAUGUGUAUAGCAAGUAAAACACAAUUAAUUUAUAUAUGUAUUAUUUUUAUAGCAACUGGAGCAAGGAUGGCGAUUACCUUUGGUGACUAUAAAUUGAAACCCAGCCAUUUUCUUCUAUCGGUUCUAAUCACCAUAUCAGUCGUAUUAGGGUUUAGUUAUCUGAACGAAACUUCCCGAAGUAUCCAACUGCAGGUAUAAUAUUCCCUUACUUUUUAUUUACACAAUGAAGUGCUUCUUAUUUUUUCUUUUUAAUUAACUUAACGCCACAUGCGGCUAAGGUGCUGGUCCAUGCCACUGUCCUCUCUCGGCCUUGACGACUGCAAUCCGCUUCUCAGUGGUCUUACAUGCUCCCAACUCGCCCUAUUGCAGCGAGGCUCAUCUUCCUGUCCGCCCGCACCUCCCAUGCCUCACCCCUCUGUCAGUCCCUGCAUUGGCUUCCUGUAAGAUAUAGGAUUCAAUAUAAAAUUCUGGUUCUUGCUGUCAAAUCUCUACAUAAUGCCAGUCCCACAUAUCUAUCUUCCCUAAUACACAAGUAUGUCCCGUCUAGGCCCCUACGCUCUGCCGAAGACCUGCGUCUAUCCUCUGUUCAUACUCCCACCUCUGAUGCUCGCCUUCAAGACUUCUCCUGCACCGUUCCUGUGGAACUCACUUUCUUUUCCGUUAGAUGCUCACUCAGUCUCCACUCCCUCUGUUUUUGUGUGUCAAACUUGUCUUGUUACAAUUACAUGUUUGUUAGACCAUCCAUUGUAAAGCGCUACGUUAUUUGUUGGUGUUGUAUAAAUAUAAUAAUAAUAAUUAUGGGAUGGAAUGUUGUGUAACAAAGGCUGAAUUUGCAUAAAAGUUAACCUUAUGCACAAUUAGCACAUUUACAUAAUAAUAAAUGCAUAUUUAUGAUAUGAGGCAGUGCCUAACAAAAUCCUUGAAUAACCAAGGGUAACAAGGAGUCCUUCUGUGAUGGGUGACAGAGGGAAAGAGUUAUAUCUAUCGAGAUCUUGCAUGCACCCUGUCUCCCAGUGCUUCUCUAUUGGUUGGGAGAUUGUUAGUACUGGUGAUGUCUUGCAUGGAGUGGGACUGCAGUGAAGGAUGUUAUCACACCUGGAUUAAAGGUAAAUUAUCUUAUAAUUUUACAGUUUUUCUGAUAGGGGAAGGAGGAACAGAGACUUACAAACACUCCAGUGUUAUAAAUGAAUGUAUUUAUUCACAAUGGUUGAAGGGACACUAUAGGCACCAGAACAACCUUUGCUGAAUGAAGUGGUCUUGGUGUAAAGAUCAUGCCCCUGCAGUAUCACUGCUCAAUUCAAUUCAAAAGCCAUUUAGGAGUUACGUCAGCCACAUCUCCUCUGUAUGUUUCCUACAGUCUUUCUACACAUUUAAAGUAAAGAGAGAUCUAAUGAUUACACUCCCUUUGUUGCACAGUCGGUUUAGUUUAGAAUUUCUUAACUCCUGCUUUGUUAGUAGCUUGCUAGUGCCUACAGGAGCCUCUGUUAAAUUAACAGAGCAGGAGAUAAAAGUGUCUGAUAGGAACUCACUGUGCUGAUUAAAAAUGAAAAAAAAAAUUCCAUGUAGGCUGUGUGAGUCGCAGCCAGGGGAGUUGUGGCUAGGGCUCCAUUAAAAAGUGAUUUAACUCCUAAAUGGCAGAAUGUUGAGCAGUGAAACUGCAGGGGCAUGAUCUAUACACAACAACUGCUUCAUUAAGCUAAAAUUUUUGAUGCUUAGAGUAUCCCUUUAAGCUAAGCAAAAUAUUCAGUCAAAUUCUAACAUUAAAAAAUUUGAAAUGGGCAAGGCUCCUUUUUAGCCUUGUUACUUCAUAAAUGAGGUAUCAAUGAGAAUACUAUAAUACCUAGGAGAUGUAACCAAUCACAUCUUAUUUUCACUGCAGUAGCAUACAUGUUGUGUACAUAAUGCACAGCAAAAAUCUAACAUGUGAAAACCACAAAAAAACACAAUACUACUCCAAAAUUUAGCAGAUAUUGGUGACAAAAUUAUCAUUCGAAAUGUUUAAAAUGAAUUGUGUACUUUCAUAAAAAUAUAUAUUUAUGUGUGUCAAAUGUAUUUUUUUUCUUUGCUGCUAAUAAACUUAGAGGUCAAACAUACUAAAUGUGGAGAACUUUAAGCCUUUAAUAAUCCUUGUGCUCCUUGUAAUUUAUGACCUGUAACUGCCUGUAUUUAUUAAAUAUCAUACAUGUAUGAUGUAUUAAAGAAAUCAAGGCAAAUAUUAAUUGACUUUGUUAUAUACACAUUAUUAUAGGCAAAAUUAUAACAGAUAGAUAUAAAGAUGAUUGAGAGCUUAGGAGAUUCCAUUAGUUUUCCUGAGUGAGUCAACUGACAACUGGCUCAGAAUGCACUGCACUGCUGGACUUUGCUUUUGGCUGAGAGGAGGCUGCAGUGAAGGCAGGGUGGUACUAAAUGUUAGGAUUACUAAACAGUUUGCCUACUUAUAUGGGGAGUGUCAGGGCACUCUUUGCAUUGCAGUGGUUGGUGCUUGGAGUGCUUCUUUAACCGAGAGUAAUUUCAAUCAAGAAAAGGUUUUAUUUUUUGUGCUUCUAUCUGAUAAGGGAAAAGUUAAUAAAACACAUGCUUAACAAAUACAUUAAUAUAACUUAUUCAGCUACUAAACAAAAUAUUCCUUCUUCUCUCAGCAACGACUUCUAAUUCUGGAAAGGCGGUUACAAUCUAUAGCGGUUGACAGAUCAAAUUUACGACGCAGAACAGAUAAUUUACAAGAUCAGCUAGAAAAGCAGGUCAAUGAGAUGAACAAACUCCAAAAAAUUCGUGAUUUUGAAACUGAGCAAUUAAGCAUCAAGUGUGUGUCUGAGAAGGUAAAGUUUGAAAGAAAAAAGCUACUUAUGUGAUUUUUCUUUAUAAUUCGACUGUUAUUCAUUAUAUUAUAAUAGAGAUUGUUUAUUAUACAAAUUACUUAGGAAAUAGACAUAAAAAGUUUAGUCGGUAACAAAAUAACUUUGUUGUACUUAAACUUCCAUCAUCCUCUGCCAGUUAAUUGUGCUUUUGUCCAAAUUCUCUUGCCUGUAACGAACAUUUACAUUAUCAUAUCAGACUUUUGUUUUGUGGUAAAAAGCCCAAAGAUAAUGGCUGGAUUUAAAAGGAAGGAUGAAGUAAUUGUUAAUAGUUGAUCCCCAGACAUUGCUUAAUCUCUAUUGGGAAAUAGUGCAGAGGGGGAUGAGGUCUGGAACCAGAAUUAGUAUAGGCAUCAAGACUGCUUUUUUUUUUGGAAGUGGUCAAGGUGCAAUGUCCCUGUGCUCUUAAAUGGAUACUAUAGUGCUAGGAAUACAAAGCUUCUCCUCCUGAACUGUAAGGGAUAAAAAAAAUGUACUAUACUCACCCAAUUCCAACAACGAUGUUCUUUGGUGCUGGGUCAGUGCUCUGCCUCCUCUGACAUCACCCAAUGGGGAGCCUAAUGCGCAUGCACAGUGAGCACUGCAAGCGCAUUGGGCACUCCUUAUUGCUGCAGUGCUUUCCGAUGGGGUAAUAACUGACCCUGAAUGUCCGUAUGCAGAACGUCAGUUAGGUGACCAAACAUAGGUUAGCGAACAGGAAGUGCUUCUAGUGGAUGUCUAAAUGAAUCAAAUAACAAUUAAGCUUGCAUAAAAUAAUCAAGGAGUAAAUGUGACCAGAAUCAGAGGAUCACAAUACCAAAUCCUCCAAAGAUAAUCCCUGGGUUGGAACAACAGAAUAAGCUGAAUCUUCACUAUUUUAUCCAGAAAACCCCUGUAGGCUAUGUUUCAAAAGGUAGAAGUGCUACCUUCAACGCAAUAAAGGGCUAGAUACAAAAAUCUGUGCAGCUAAUAUAACGUGACCACAAACAAUGAGGGGAACUGUAUCAAAUUAUAAUUGCAAUGAGUUUUACCCUACAUCCGACUUACCCUUCCUUCAGGAUUCCUUUGUCCUCUUCAUAGUAAAAAAUAUGAGGUGGACAAACCACACCUAAUGGCAGAUAUCGGUGAUAUGCUCUGGAGGCUGCAGAGGUCCCACACGCCUGUCAUGAUGCCUGAGUUAGACUACUCCUUCAGAUAAUCAAGUGAAACCUUUUAAGCAGACAGACCCUCUGUGUAACCUUCUUCCACCUAAUACAACAGCAGUCCCGGUGACUGAGGGGAGUCAAAUACCUUUUUGGAGGAUCUCUGCCACAGCAUUGCAACUGUUAUAGGACUCUACUGAGAGGAGCUAUCAGGGAUCUCUGCCCGACUUCACUUCCAUUACCCAAGAUGAUCAACUCUCUAACUUGGAACAGGUGGUUCAAGCUAUGCAAAUAUGCGUUAUUCUUUAGAGCAUAUUACGAAAUUACUCAUUUCAUUUGCAAACUCCCUAUUAGACUACAAAUACUUUAACAUGCAAAUGGGACUGCAUUCAAAUGCUCUCUAUUUAACUUCAUUAGUACUAAUUAGUCCUUUAGGGUUUUCCCUUGAUGUCAGGCGCACAUAUAAAUUGUAGGUGCUUAAAUAUUCUAUCGAUGACGCGCCGCUCUGUAGUACUUCUUACCAUAUGCAAGCAGGUGUAGCAGUUUGGAUACAUGUAGGCAUUAUGUCUUUUGCUACGCCUCUUGGGAUCUCUACUGCCACCCAAUCUGUUCUGUGAUUGGCUGCACUACACGUGGCUACUUGAGUAGCGUGAGGAUAAAGACGAGUCUUGGUGAUGCUCAUUUCUUUUUUCCUUUAAGAAGGUGUUGUUAAACACCGAAACACAUCGGGCUUCCAUUAUUUUAUGGCGUUAUUAAUUUAUUCCACUUUGUUUAGUUUUUCACUUUAUGGGAAGCCUAAAUAACACUUGUUAUUCUUUAUCCUUUCUCUACCUCUUUCAGAGAGGUCUAUCUAUAUUGGUUAUGAAGGCACACCCUUCUGUUACCGUGUACUUUAUUCCAUCUUUGCCAAGGUAUUUAUCAGGGUCUUUUAUCUAUUGAUAUGUAUACAUCUCUUUAGCACUUAGUGAUUGUUCCUCUCUCCGCAUCAAGCCCAUUAACUUACUGAAGUAUGUAGUUCUGGACUUAGUGGACUGUUUUAUCUCAUCUACCAUUCUACAUCAUUUUAAUCAAUUAAAUGUAUCACUCUUUCUACGAUAGGAGAGAGCUAUUUGGCUAUUUAGUUUUUUAGAUUAUUGUACACCUACUUCCUUGCAAGUAUUUUGUUGUACCUAAUGUAACAAUGCAAUGAUUUGUGGACCCAGGACAUACUUGAAAACGAGAGAAAUCUCAAUGUAUCUUUCCUGGUAAAAUAUUUUAUAAAUAAAUAAAUAAGUAUUUUGGCUCAUAUUUCGGCUCGGUCUGUAGGAGAAGAUUUAAAUUGUUUGUUUACAGUGUGUACGUGUUGCAUAUUAUUAUAAUUAUUAUGUGUGUCACUUAAUAAAGCGUAUAUUGUUUAUUUUUUAGUUUUAUUAUUCCCUGCCCUUGGGUAGGGCAUUUAUAUUUUUUUUUCCUUUUUUGUUCUUUAUAUAACUUUGCCUAUUAGAGUCAUUGCAUUUUUAAUUACAAUUACACUAAUGGGAGGGGAAUAUUGCAUCAUCAGCAAUAACAAUAACUGCUGCACUAUUUCUGUGUUGAUGUUGAAUGAGCUUACAAUUAUUGCUUCCCUUACACACUCUCUUCCACCUUUAUUUAUUAUCAGCACUAUAUUGGAUCAUAUCUUUGGGAGAUAUACACUACAGGAACUGUACUAGAUAAAAUAUUGAUUGAGACGAUACUGUAUCAUAUUUACACAGACUGAUUUCUAAACACAUUUAUUGUAGUUAAAAAUAUAAUAAUAUAAUUGCUGUGGAGCCCUGUUAUACACUCAGACACACCUGGAAUACUGAACUCCUAAAAAGAGGAACAUUAGGUUAGAAAAGAGGGACUGGUGCAUUUAAAUCCAAAAUAGGUGCACUUGAGCGGUAUGGUAAAGGAAAGAAAAAAGCGACAAGAGGAAUUUGAAGGGGAAACAUGGGAAAUCAGAAACUAAAAGUAGGAGUAAAAAUCAAAUAUGGAUUUCUCAUAACAAAACGUGAAACAGAAAGUACACUGCUAUUAAAAUGACUUCUGACAUAAAUGAUUAAAGGAACACUAUAGUCACCUAAAUUACUUUAGCUAAAUAAAGCAGUUUUAGUGUAUAGAUCAUUCCCCUGCAAUUUCACUGCUCAAUUCACUGUCAUUUAGGAGUUAAAUCACUUUGUUUCUGUUUAUGCAGCCCUAGCCACACCUCCCUGGCUAUGAUUGACAGAGCCUGCAUGGAAAAAAAAACUGGUUUCACUUUCAAACAGAUGUAAUUUACCUUAAAUAAUUGUAUCUCAAUCUCUAAAUUGAACUUUAAUCACAUACAGGAGGCUCUUGCAGGGUCUAGCAAGCUAUUAACAUAGCAGGGGAUAAGAAAAUCUUAAUUAAACAGAACUUGCAAUAAAGAAAGCCUAAAUAGGGCUCUCUUUACAGGAAGUGUUUAUGGAAGGCUGUGCAAGUCACAUGCAGGGAGGUGUGAUUAGGGUUCAUAAACAAAGGCAUUUAACUCUUGAAUGGCAGAGGAUUGAGCAGUGAGGCUGCAGGGGCAUGUUCUAUACACCAAAACUGCUUCAUUAAAGUUGUUCAGGUGACUAUAGUGUCCCUUUAAGUAAUUCAUCAAUAUGUUCACCAUCUUUAGCGUAAGGAAAUAUAUAACAUACUAACAAGCAAAACUUUUCAGAACAAAUUUGUAAAUAUUUUUCAGUAUUAUGACUGAAAUGUCAUGAGUGGAUUUACACUAUUUUAUUACAAUUACCUAAUGAAGUGUAAUUAUUUAUGUUUUUUUUUUUGUUUUUUUUUAAGGAUAACCUACAAGAAACAGUUUUAUCAAAGGAAAACAUAAUCAAAGAGCUAACAGGUAUUAAAAUCUUCAAAAUCGCAUCUGUUUAUCUUCAAAUAUAGAAUAGGGACAUGCAUCACUUUCAAUUAACUGUGUCAUUCAAAAGCUUUAGCAGUUGCCUCACUCUGUAGUCUGAAAAAAAGCAGGUACUUGUGUCUUCUUUCUUAUACUUUCCACAUCUACUUCAGGGGGGGCACUGAUCAAACCAAUCAGUGUCCUAUCCCUAGGAAUACUGUAUUGGCCAUGUCUGACAGAUUUACUCUUGAGCAGUUGGAAGAUAUCUUCACUUCUACAGAGCUAUGCAGGACCACACUCGUCGGCUGAGAGUGUCAGCUGAGUGAGUGCGACCAGCACAAGCCAGGUAAGUUGCCAAACCAUACUAAAACACUUUUACGCCUUACCAAGACUGUAGUGGUCAUGGCAUUUUUGGAGUAUUCCUUUAUUCGGUAAUGGAUUUAUUUUACCUGGUGAACAGCAGCACAGCAGUUAAUUAGCGGGCCAGAUACAUUUGAACAUGUAUAUUCAUUCUUGUUCUUUAUUCUCGCACAAGCGUAUUUAUAACCUGCUAAGGUUCAUUUACUAAAAGACCAUGCCUUUAAAGGUGCAUACAUGAUAAAAGAUAAAAAGAACAGUAUGUACAGUAUAGAAAAGUUAAACAGACUCUGUUGAGCUUGUGCCAUGAAGCUGAAUGCUGGGGUGAUUGCUUAAAAUAAAAGUAUUUGAGUAUUUCACUUUGAUUGCAUUAAUGAUGACAGGAAUCUUGACCAAUAAGCUAAUUCCUUUGGUGUAAUGAUAUCAUAUUCUGUACGCAUUACUUCGCAGCUGCCAGCGGACCCUGAAGGACGUGCAUAUGACUGCAUCAGACAAGCAUACUUAGCCAAUUAUUACAUAGUAUAUAUAAAGUAGACAUUUGCAAUUCGUUUCGUUCCGAAUGUACAUUCGUACGAAUUUCAUGCCAUUCAGAUGCUUAUGAAUGUCUGAAGUGCCAAAAUUCCAAAGUGACGACGUUCGGCAGUUCCAAAAUGCCAAACUGAAUGACAUUGGUCCGAAUUGCCGAAGCAGACAAAUCUUACCCGAAUUUCCGUAACGAAAACACAUUUUUUUGUCCAUACACAUUCCUAAUGGAGGGCUCACGGGAAAAAACAAAUAGAUAGAUGUUAGGAUUAUGUAUGUUUGCCCUUAAUAACGCAUAACAUGCACUUUAUUUUUACAUUAUAACAGAUCAUCAUGAGAAUUUAAAGACACAACAUGAAACUCUUCGCUCUGAGAUGAAGCAAGUUGAAAAGGACCAGUCCAGACUACUAGAAAGGUUCUCCACUCAGUCGUAAGUUAUACAAUCAAAACAAGAUGCCUGGAAGUUGUAAAGUAGCUACAGUUACACUUUUGAAUUAAUUAUAUGUUCAUUAUUUAGGGUUUCUGAUAUAAAAUUUGAGAAUAUUUUAUUGCUUUAAAUCUUUGAGUUUUUACACAUUUAGAGUUAUGAAGAUGUACUUUUUUGAAGUGGACAUCCAGGUACACACAUACAUUAGGUGCAAUGUACAGAUUUGGUUACUGGUAGCUAUACCAAGUUUGCUUGUAUAAUGCAGUUGUAAAUCACUUUUGUUUCUCUUUACGCAGCCCUAACCACACCUCCCUGGUUGUGACUGAUACAGCCAGUGUGAAAGCAAAAUAAUUUCAUUUUCAAUCAGAUGUAAUUUACUUUAAAAAAAAAAAUUAUCUCGGGGGGUGGAGGCGUGUCUAGCUGAGCUGAGAAAGCUGAGAGAAAAAACGUAAAUUGAUCCACCCGGGGAGCUCCGACAUGCCAGAUAGCCACAGGUCUUUUGAAAGGGCACAGCAAGAUAGUGCCUACAAGGCCUCAAGUCUCCAGCGACUCUGAGGAGCCCCCAGAGGAAGAUGGCCCUACAAAAUCGCGGAUCCAGAGCGGAGUGUAUGGGAGUGAAGAGUCUGAUUCUGAUGCUUCACCCGCCAACAAAUGAGACAUCAAAAAAUUGCUGGUGGAUUUAUCUGGAAGGUGAGCACUGAAGUAUAUGGUCUAACAGCACGAGUCAGCGCAGCUGAAAAUAGAGAAGGGAAAAGAGAUCUCAUAUUUAUGGAGGCCCGAUCUCAGAUGGAGACCAUGUCACAUCGCAUCCAGAGGCUCACGAGCACUGUUACAAUGUUAUAAACAAGGCACCGCAAAAACGUGCAGAUCUGCGGCGAGUAGGCAAUGAGGCAACCCUGCACUUUACCAACAAAGUACCAGCAGCGGGGUGAGAGGAGAGGCAGAAGUGCCACCCAUCAUGUUUGCUUUCAGAAUCCGGAAAGCCCUGACCGCCCUUGCAGUUGCACCUACGGAUAUUAUGGCCGUUACCCAAGAUGUUUUUAUCAAAGCGGCAAUUCUGGUCCACUCAAAGAAUACCCCCUCUACCAUUGUAGAUAACUGCUCUAUCAGGGUCUAUGAUGACCUACCCUUCACUAUCCUCAUGGAGAGGAGGAGGUACAUGCCAAUAUCAAGGCAGCUGCACGAGGCUGGAAUUCGAUACAGAUAGGGAGUGUCGGGCACCCUGGUGGUGCAGCAAGGAGCCUUCUCCCUAUCGAUGAACGAAAACCCCACAGACUUUUUGAAGACACUUCAACUGCCCCUAGCACAGAACGCUAAUACAGACCCCGCUACCGAAGACAUGGAGAUGGAGCGAGGACGGAUCUCUGAAGUGGGGAUGCAUCUGCUAACCCUAACGUAGGCCUGAUGGAAUGGUGGAAAACUGGUGUCGCUAAGGCCCACUGAGUCUCAUCAGGACCCCAUAAAGGACUCUUGCCCAACUCAUCUCACACAAUUUCCACUGAAUCUUCACCAAUUUUAUCCUUUUCAUUUUCAUCUUGUUUAUUAAAGGACCACCAUAGGCACCCAGACCACUUCAGCUCAAUUAAGUGUUCUGGGUACCAGGUCCCCAUAGUUUUAACCCUACAGCUGAAAACAUAGCAGUUUCAGAGCUGCUUCAUUACCCUAAAGUUUUUUUGGUGACAAAAGUGUCCCUUUAGUCACAAGAUCUUACUUAAAAUAUUGUACGCACUAUUGGGGACCUUAGGGUUUAUUUAUCAAGUAUCAAAACAUAGUGAAUUGAUAACUGAAUUGCUAAAUCAAAGCAAUAAUAGAUUAUUUUUUAAAAAAUUGUUGCAAAUCAACUAUAGUCACAGUUCGACUAGUUUGAACUAAAUUUUGCAUUUGGUUUUUAAAUCACUGCAUUUUUAGUAUUUUGUGAAUAACAUACCAAACAGCAUUAAAAUAAAAAGUGUCAUAUAAUGUUCUAAGAUAUGAAUUAUAAUAAUAUACCCAUGUGCAUUGUUGGCCAGACAGGCUGUCAAUCAACCUGGUAUGGUAUACAUUUAUGCCAGGCUGACAUGACCCUUUUAGGAUGGUCACAGACCAGUUUCAGGCAGACUCACCAGUGACGCAAGCCAAAUCCUGGCACACCUUCCACCUUCCAUCCCAUUUUGUAUACCUCUGAAUAUUGGAAGAUAUGCUUUUACCUAUCCACCAUGGUUUGACACAUAUUGUGUAUACAUAUUGAAGGGCAGCACAGGACAAGUGUUGCCCAGCAGUAUGUAAAAUUUAAAAGAUGGUGUAUACAUAUACAUAGUGCAGGGCAACUUUUCAUGUGUUUUAAUAAAUAUGACAUAAUUCUAUGUGUCUCUGAAACCACACAAUAACCUAUUAUCAAAGUGUAUGUUUCUAAACAUACGUCUGAUCUUCAUUUAAAGGACCCAAUGCAUGAAUGUUAUUAAUAUGAUGAGAGAAAUCUGUGAUGAAAGAAAAGCAAAAAAAUCAAGGGGAGAAUCAAAGCCCACUGAUAAAGAGAAAACAGCAUUUAUUGGGUUUACAACGGGAUUACCUUCUCUUCCUGCAAUUAACCAAACUAAUGACAAACUCCAUAACACGAGAGACAAUCCAGGAGUCAGUCGGAAUACAACCAUAAACAUAAGGAUGGACCGUAUUACUGACACAGGUAUAGUUGAAUUUCUGUAAUAUGUGAUUAAUACAAGAUCAUUGUGUACAUGAAUGGCCAGGAGAGCACCAUUUAUUUCCACCAAAUGAAUUAUAGUAGCAACGUUUCAACCUUUGCUUGGUCUCCAUCAAAUUUAAACAGACUCUGGAAGAGCACUGAUACACUGUUUCUCUUAUUCAUUUGGCAGAAUAAAGGUAUUUUACAGACAACACUUUGUUUAGAGCAUCCCGGUGCAAUAAAAUGGGUGUGAGACAGAUGUCUUAGGGCAACCGGGGUAAAAGUAAUCCACACCUCCCAACAACUGGCGGUAUGAGAUAAAAACGGGGCAGGCAGGCUCUGAGAGAACAUUACCAGUGAUGCGUUUCGCGCCAUAAUGGCCAGACCCACCCUAACAAGCCAGACCCACCCAUCGAAGGGACAUGUCAACUUGACAUCAAGCAUAGCUGAAUAAUUGAAUUUGAAAGACAAAUGAACCAUCAGUUCCCACACUCAAGGGUUUCAAGUAAAUACAUAAAUAAUUCUACAGAGAAGCACGUAUGCAAAAAUGUUCCCAGUUGAUGCACACACAUUUUUUCAUCAGAUUCAUCAGUUUUACUUUACAGCAUGACAAUUCUCUACAUAAAUAAAAUAUACAAUAUAGGCAAAUGUUUAAACCACCUUAAAAUUAUUCAAAUAUGCAAAUUUAUGUAAUUGUUAAUUAAAAAGCUUAGAAAGUGACUCGGUUAUUAAUGAAACUGUGAAUUAUUGAAAAUUCAAACAGGUUUAUUUGCUAAAGUGAGAAUUCAAGGUGAAUUUCACAUUUAAGGUCAAAAUUGCCAAAUCUGGAAAAAGUCUAUAAUUCAGCUUUGUUUCCACAUUGGCUACUCUGGGCUUCAAAUUGAAAUUCACCUAGAAUUCACUCUGAAUUCUCACUUUAGUAAAUAAACCUAAAAAGGGAAAUCAAAAUGAAUUCCAACAUUUGCCCAACAUUGCAGUACUGAAAACAUAGAGAGCUUUAGAGAAUUUUUCCAAUAUGUGAAAUUUACUUUACAUUUCGAGCAAUUCUCACUCUAGUGAAUAACUUUGCAAGUCAUUCAUCUUGAAGCAUUAAUAUAAUUGAUAUUUCCAUUUACGUCAACCGGCACUCUUUAUGUAGGAACCUUCACGAAGAUGCCUACGUUUAGCAUUAACUCUUUAGGCUCUCAUUUUGAGAAAGUGAAAUUGUCCCUAAUACUUGUUUAUUAAACCGCAUAAUACUAAUUAUAGAUAACAAAUAUAUGCAAAAAGUUAAUGCAAAAAUGUGUAAAAUGUUUAUUUCCAUUAAAUAUAACCAUGGGUGUACCAUGAAAAAAGCUGACAAUUCAACUCUACUUUAACUCUACCCAUUUGUGGUGGGAUCUCACUCAGCUUCAUAUAUGGACAUUUUAAUGAGGGUUAAUGGUAACUAGCUUUCAUAUUCUAUGGGUGAUCAACAAUUAAAUACAAACAUAUAUUAAAACCCCUAAAGGUGUAGUGUAAAAAACAUAACCACUUCAUGAUAUUGUAAUGUUAUGGUGAUAGUAUGAUGGGUGCCAUUACAUGGUUCGGGGUCAAAAUCAUUUUGAGUGAUACAACCAGACCAGUAAUAUAGCAGAUGGUUACUAGGCUGUGGGUGACUUGGAAACCUCAGUUUUGGUUAAUGAAUAUAAUUUAUUUAGUGUAUGUGUGCCGUAAAACGACUUCCAUCUCAUGCAAUACUUCAGCAGAAAAAUAAAUCAACAUUGUGCUCUUCAGAAUCUCAAAUGAUAUGUAUUCUGUGGCACAAAGACUCCUGUAGAGCAAAUAGCAAUAAGGAUGGAAUACAGUCUGUAAAUAUCUUUACAAUUUAGCAAAAAGAUGGUUAGAUGGAACAAUCUAAUCUUACUUGCUUACAUGCUGACUUCAUUGAUACACUCCUCGUUCAUUAUAUACCUCUGUAAUUACAAUUGUCCUCUCUUUUACAAACAAAUGUGCCAUUCCAACUAUUGGCAGGUGGCCUGGUUGCUAUAGUAACAUGUUUAUUGUAAACACUGUUUACCUAGGGAAUGUCCAGCUAUAUUGAAUACUAUCUGAGGCCUACUGUUUAAUUAACAUAUCAAAGAGUUAAAAGGUGCUUGUUUAACCCUUCACCAUAGAUACGCACAGUGACCUUUUCAGUUAUAUGCAUAUACACAUAUAAAAUUAGACUCUUGACAAAUUACUCUGGAGUUAAACUGCACAAAACAUUUGACCCAGAAUUGAGCUUGGCUCUCACUGACGUUUGCCAACACAAUAUUAUGUAGUUGUUAUGGUGCUUAGAGUAUUGAAAAUAUUGCCUUUUGAGCUAAAUUUCCUUAUAUCCAGAAAAUAUAGCAUGCCACAAAACCACUCUGCAAUACUUUAAGUCUUUAACUUUUGCAUAUAUUUAUUUUCUCCCGGUAUACUUGCCUUUAAAUCACGACAUCUCAUGUUUUAUUUCACAACUGUUGUUUGCAAAAUUCAAUUAUGUAUAGGGGUGAAUACUUCUUCUACUGGUUACUAUGCUAUAACCAGGCCGGGGGGGGGAGGACAGUAGGUCCCCCCCCCCCAAUUUUUAUUUAUAGGCCCCCAGCCACCGCUCAGGGGUGGGGGCCGGGUAGGAGGACUUUAGGUCCCCCCAAAUGUUUAUUUAGGGCCCCCACCCACCACGCAGGGGUGGGGGCAGGGGGGAGGACAGUAGGUCCCCCCCCAGUUUUUAUUUAUGGCCCCCACCCACCGCUCAGGGGUGGGGCCAGGGGGGAGGACAUUAGGUCCCCCCCAAUUUUUAUCUAUGGCCUCCACCCACCAUGCAGGGAGGACAGUAGCCCCCCCAAUUUUUAUUUAUGGCCCCCACCCACCGCGCAGGGGUGGUGACCGGGAGGAGGACAAUAGGUCAUCCCCCCCCUUAUUGGUAUUUAGGGCCCGCACCCACCUCUCACGGGUGGGGGCCAUGGGGGAAGACAGCAGGUCCCCCUUAUUGUUAUUUAGGGCCCCCACCCGCCGUGCAGGUGUGGGGCCAGGGGGAGGACAGUAGGUCCCCCCCAGUUUUUAUUUAUGGCCCCACCCACCGCUCAGGGUUGGGGGUCAGAGGGGGAGGACAAUAAGUCCUCCCCCUUAUUGAUAUUUAGGGCCCCAACCCACCGCUCAGGGGUGGGGGCUGGGGGUAGGACAUUAGGUCCUCCCCCAAAUUUUUAUUUAUGGCCCCCACCCACCGUGCAGGGGUGGGGGCCAGGGGAGAGGACAGUAAGUUCCCCCCUUUAUUAAAAUUUAGGGCCCCCACCCACCGUUCAGGGGUGGGGGCCGGGGGGACUACAAUAGGUGUCCCCCCUUAUUGGUAUUUAGGGCCCCCAUCCGCCGCUCAUGUGUGGGACCUGGGGGAAGCAAUAGGUCCUCCCCCUUAUUGAUAUUUAGGGCCCCCACCCAUUGCUCAGGGGUGAGGGCCGGGGGGAGGACAUUAGGUCCCCCCCAAUUUUUAUUUAUGGCCCCCACCCACCGUGCAGGGGUGGGGGCCAGGGGGGAGGACAGUAGGUCCCCCCUUUAUUGAUAUUUAGGGCCCCCACCCACCGCUCAGGGGUGAGGGCUGGGGGGGGGGGUUUCUUUUUUUUAACAGUGAGCAGCCACAGGCUACUCACUGUUUAAUAGACAUGCCCUUACUAGCUGGGUCACAUGCUGCACUGGCCAAUCACAGCCAUGCCAUUAGUAGGCAUGGCUGUGAUGGCUUCUAAGGGCACACAAGUCAAACGCUUGUUGAUUGGCUGCCCUGCAGCCUUUCAAAACACGUCAUUAAAUCGCCGAACUCCAACCUGAACAUACAGUGAUAUGUCUGUGUUCGGGUCCGGGGUCCAAAAAACUUAAUGUUCGGUACGAACCCAAACUUUUCAGUUCGGGUUCACUCAACUCUAGUUAUUAACAAUCUUGCAUAUUAUAAAAGUGAUCUAGUUAAAACAUACACUGUUGGGCCUCUAGCACCAUCUAGUGGUUUUACAUGUUAUAUGAAUACAUUUGGGGGAAAAAGUGACUCAGAAUGGUCUAUAUUAAAUAGACAACUUGUCUUAUUUUACAAAUUGUAUGCCUUGGUGGGGGUAAAGUGAAAUUGGGGACUACUAUUUUAUCCCAAAAGUGGAAAUAUGAAAACUCAAACUGACAUGUCUGUAAGUUGCCUAUAUAUUCUCAAAAAUCUGUAUGGGUCUAUAUGGGGUGUAUUAGCAGAAUGCAAAUAUAGUGUCUUUACUGAAAUGGGACACAUAUGGUCUGUUAAACAAAUAUGAAUGCAAACUUUGGCCAGUGUUUGCGACUAAGUGGCUACUAGAAAAAAACUGGACAUACCCCAUUUGCAAUACCUUGGGUUCUCUACUUUUGCAAAUGGUAAUACUCAUUCCUGGGCUACCAUACAGUCUAAAAGGCAACAUAACCAGGUUGGUAAAUUUUGUGUAUAAACUGAAAAAUUUAACAUGCUAUAUUUUACCCUGUAACUUUUCAUAACGCCAUAAAACCUGUACAUGCGGGGUACCAUUGUACUCGUGUGGCAGUGCUGAAUACAAAUAUGUGUAUUUUAUUGCAGUGAAAGUUAAAAGUAUUAUGACAUUCACAAUCAAAAUGCCUCGCUGAGCUAAAUAAAUAACAACAUUUCUUAAUUUCUCACAUUUUCAAAUAAAAUUUUGUUUCAUAUAUGAAUAUUUGAUGUGAAAUAAAAGCCCUGUUUUUCCUGAACAUAAUGUUAUAUUAUAAGUGUGGGUGCACUUCAUAUGAAAGAGGUGAAUUUAAGUGGUGUUAUAGAGACAGGUUCAGGCACCAAGUGUAGUGGUGCUAUGGAGACAAGCUCAGGCACCAAGUGUAGUGGUGUUAUGGAGACAGGCUCAGGCACUGAGGGUAGUGGUGUCAUGGAGACAGGCUUAGGCACUGAGUGUAGUGGUGUUGAGGAGACAUUCUCAGGCACCAAGUGUAGUGGUUAUAUGGAGACAGGCUUCAAGACUAUGGUGAGGCCUAAAAGAAAGCAGUUGUUGUUGGGGAAUUCUACCAUAAGAGGUGUGGAGCUGGACAAUAGUGGUCUUGUGAGAUGCUCAGAGACAGGAGACAUAUUUGUAAUAUUGCUAAGUGAGCAAAGCAGGAAGGGGAAUUGGAUGUACUUGUCCAUCUAGGGACAAAUGACUUGGCUUCAAUGAGGUUUAAGAGGUAAAGGAAGUUUUUUUGUGUUUUUGCCAAUGAUAUAUAGCAGGUAGCUUCCACACUGUCAUUAUCUGAAGUUCUGCCUGUGCGUAACAAUCAGAACGACAGGUGGAUGCGUAUUAGGGACUUUAACUUGUGGCCAGUUAAUGGUGUCGGGAGCAAGGAUUUGGCUUCAUUUCUCAUGGUAGUUCUGUUUGGAAUGGAAAUAAACUGUACAAAAAAGAUGGUUUGUUUUGCUGGGAUGUAUUUAAACUAGGAAGGGGGGGCAAAAGGGGGAAAAUACAUGAAUCCAAUUGCCCCCCAAAACAAGGACAGAAGGUGCCUGUAGCAAGUGUGUUAAAUGAUAAGCUUAGCGUCAUGUCUACAAGUGCUCACAGUUUAGGGAAUAAGAUCCAUGAACUUGUGGCAAUAAUUGCAACUGAUAAUGUAGAUUUUGUCGCUGUUACUGAAACAUGGUAUAAUGAGUAAAAUGACAGGAACAUAUCAAUACCAGGGCACUCUUUAUAGAGAAAAGACAGGGAAGGCAAGAAAGGGGGAGACAUGGCUCUGUAUGUGAAGGAUAGCAUAAAAUCUAGCCAAAAAAUAUAGUGAGGCAAACAGAGUCUGUUUGGGUUACGUUAGAAUUUGGUAAUCACACAGUAACUCAUGUAGGUGUGAUUUAUAGGCCCCCAGUACAAAUAGAAUAGUUAGAUAAUCUACUAGUUGAGGAAUUAGCUAAAAUGACAAUGACUUUAAUCUUCCUGAUGUGAACUGGAAAACCAAAAUAGCUGCUUGCGCCAGGAGCACACAUAUUCUAAACUCCCUACUGGGAUUGUCUCUAAAACAAGUCAUUGAGCAGCUAACUCAUAAAUAGGUCAUACUAGAUUUUGUGUUAACAAAUGGAGAUUUGGCACUAGAUAUUAACUGUAGGUAAAAGUUUAGGAUCCAGUGAUCAUCAGUCAGUGUGGUUUAAUAUAAGAACAGUGACGGAGUUACACCACACAAAAACAAAAGUGUUAGACUUUAGAAAAACAGACUUUUCUAAAAUUAGAAUAUGUGUAAAGGAGUCAUUAUCAGACUGGAGCAAUUUAAAUGGAGUCCAAGAGAAAUGGGAUUAUUUAAAAGUUGCACUGCUGAAGGCAACAGAAAAUUGCAUUAGGCUUGUCAGUAAAAGCAAAACAUUUAGGAAAACACUGUGGUACUCCACAGAUGUUGCCAAAAUUGUAAAAAAACAAAAAGUUAGCAUUUAGUAGUUAUAAGGAAAACCAGAGUGAGGAAGAUAGAGAGAGCUAUAAGAUUAUUCAGAAAGAGGCUAAGCAAGUUAUAAGAGCUUCCAAAUCACACAUAGUCAGUAAAAAAAGGGGACAAUUUUUUAGAUACAUAAAUGAGAAAGGGAAAGUAAAACAAGGAUCAGUUAGAUUAAAAACAAAAGGAAGGUAUGUAGAAGGUAUGUUGUGCCCAUUCACAAGAAAGGUAGUAGGGAGGGUAACUAUAGGCCAGUAAGCCUUAAUUCAGUAGUGGGGAAAGUAAUGGAAACCAUGUUAAAGGAUAGGAUUGUUGAACAUCUAAAAUCACAUUGAUUUUAAGAUCAGAGACAACAUGGGUUUACUUCAGGGAGAUCAUGCCAAACUAAUCUUACUGAUUUUUUUGAUUGGGUAACUAAAAUAAUAGAUCAGGGUGGUGUAGUAGACAUUGCUUACCUAGAUUUCAGAAAGGCGUUUGACACUGUUGCACAUAGAAGGCUUAUCAAUAAACUGCAAUCUUAAAGUUUGGAUUCCAAUAUUGUUCAAUAGAUAAGGCAGUGGCUGAAUAACAGGCAACAGAGGGUUGAAGUCAAUGGAGUAUAUUCGAAGCAUGGUCUUGUCACCAGUGGGGUACCUCAGGGAUCUGUACUUGGACCCAUUCUCUUUAAUGUUUUUAUUAGUGAUAUUGCAUAAGGUCUUGAUGGUAAGGUAUGUCUUUUUGCUGAUGAUACGAAGAUAUGUAACAGGGUUGAUGUUCCAGGAGGGAUAAGCCAAAUGGCAAAUGAUUUAGGCAAAGUAGAAAAAUGGUCAGAGUUGUGGCAGCUGACAUUUAAUGUGGAUAAGUGCAAGAUAAUGCAUCUUGGACGUAAAAACCCAAGGACAGAGUACAGAAUAUUUGAUAGAGUCCUAACCUCAACAUCUGAGGAAAGGGAUUUAGGGGUGAUUAUUUCUGAUGACUUAAAGGUAGGCAGACACUGUAAUAGAGCAGCAAGAAAAUGCUAGCAGAAUGCUUGGUUGUAUAGGGAGAGGUAUAAGCAGUAGAAAGAGGGAAGUGCUCAUGCCAUUGUACAGAACACUGGUGAGACCUCGCUUGGAGUAUUGUUCGCAGUACUGGAGACCAUAUCUCAGAAGGAUAUUGAUACUUUAGAGAGAGUUCAGAGAAGGGCUACUAAACUAGUUCAUGGAUUGCAGGAUAAAACUUACAAGGAAAGGUUAAAGGAACUUAACAUGUAUAGCUUGGAGGGAAGACGAGAGGGGGGGAUAUGAUAGAAACAUUUAAAUACAGUAAAGGAUGAGACUAUAUUUAAAAUAACAAAAGCUACCACAUCAAGAGGACAUUAGAGCGGCAAAGAGUUAACAAAAAUAUCAGGAAGUAUUACUUUACUGAGAGGGUAGUGUAUGCAUGGAAUAGCCUUCCAGCUGAAGUGGUAGAUGGUAACACAGUAAAGGAGUUUAAGCAUGGGUGGGAUAGGCAUAAGGCUAUCCUAACUAUAAGAUAAGGCCAGGGACUAAUGAAAGUAUUUAGAAAAUUGGGCAGACUAGAUGGGCCGAAUGGUUCUUAUCUGCCGCCACAUUAUAUGUUUCUCUGAAUUAUGGUUUUACAGGCAUAUAGACAAAUUCCAGGUUUUGAUCUUGUCCUUAAGUGAUACAUUCCCAACAAAAAUACAACAUAUGAAAAACACAAAGCAAUUAAACGUAAUGAGCAGAUUUGUCAGAGAAAAAAAAGCAACAAAAAAUAAAUAUAAUCAGCAAAUUAUAUUUAUUUAAAUAUUUAAAUUUAAAGCCCCAGUAAUGGAGGAGUUAAUUCCUUUUCUCAAUUACAUUUUAAACGAGGAAAAGACACUUGCAACCUUAUUUACCUCUAUUAAUAUAAAAAACAGCAAAAAUGCAUAUACAUGAAAACUCCCAAAAUAGAUUUUAACUCAACUAGCAACAUAAAAAUUUUGCAAAUUUUUGACUUAGCAGCCAAAAUAAUACAUUAUAAUAUUAAUAUAUAGGCUGAAUUAAAGAGAUACUAUAAUGCCAGGUAUUCCUGGCACUAUAGCUCCCUCUGCCUAAGCCUCCCUCGGACCCAACCAAUUGGAUUGAGUCAAUGCUUUCCUAUGGGGAAAAAACUGAAACUGUAUGUCCUUUAUAAAUAUUUUUAGCAGAUAGACUUUAUUGUUCUGAGUGUAUUCAUAAAUAUUAGCAUUGUAAAUUUAACAGAAUAAUUUUGUUUUGGGUGAGAAAAUGACAGAAAUACAGUGAUAUACAAUAAUUGUCUAUUUUGUAUUGUGCAGGUGACAAAAGGGUUAUCUUUACCACAACCCAAAUGGAGAAAAUGGUGGAGAAUGACCGUAGUUUCAAACAAGAAGUUCAAUCAUUUUUGAGAGAAAAUGAGAAAACUAAACUAAUGGGAAAGAAGAUUAUUAAAGAGAUAAGAGAUCAAUUGUCUAAAAAUGAUAUCAUCCAGGAGAAAUCAGAACCAGGAGAAGAGGAAGAAACCAUAAAUGUAGAAAAUAAGGAUGCUCCGAAAGCAGAAAACAACUUUGAACUGGACAGCAAAUGGGAAAAGGAAGAAGAAAAAUCCAGAGAUUUUACACAAAAUAUAAAAAAAACCAAGGUUGAAUUAGAUGGUGAAUUGGAAAAAGAAGAAGGAAGAACCAGAGAGCUUGUACUUGCUAUAAAAGAAGAAAAGACACAAAUAACAGAAAACUCUGAUGCUGUACAAAUAAAAAACAAUGGAUUAGACAUUGAACAAGAAUAUCAAGAAUUCCUGGAGAACAACCAAAUGUCAGGUGGGAAGAAAAUGCAGAAGAAAGAAAAUAGUGAGUCUCCAAAGAUUGAAUAUAAGAAUGAAUGGGGUAAUGAACAGGAAGGUGGAAGGUUAGGAGACACAGAGAAGAUAAACAAGUCAGAAAAGGACAAAAUAAUAAAAAAAAGAUAAUGAAAGUACUACAAACCAGAAAGGAACCAAUAUGAGUGUGUUAGAAAGUAAUAAUCUUGCAAAUGUUAAAUACAGUGAUAAAAAAACAAAUCUACAGUAUCUUCAGAUAUAAGGAUCUCAGAACCAGAACUAAAAGAGAAUAUUAAUCAGAAUGUUAGUAAGUAUGAGAAAGAUUAUUAUAAAAAUGUUGACAGUCAAAAGCUACUCCUGGACUGAAGAAAUGAGAAGAUUUAAAAAUCUAAACCUAAUUAGAAAACUAUUUUAUCUAUGAAUGAAGCCAAUGUAAAACCAAUGGUUACAAAACUAAGUGACAUGAAAAGGGGAGCACAGUGAGAUCGCUAAUCAAGCAAAUUCAAAAAAGAAGUUUCGGAAGAUGUCAUAAACACGACUUUCAGUGAAUAACAAAAGAAAUGAGUAAAUGCACUAACAAAUGCGUCAGGGAUCACUACUGAGAUAACAUUUGUGAGAAUAUCAAGGUAAAAUGAACACUAGCUGGAACUAGUGAAAUGGAAUGCCAAGAAGAUCUCACAUCUCCAUCUAGUUACAUCAAAUGUAACAUGAUGGCUUCAAGCACUUAAAUGAUAAAUUAUAUUAAGCAAUGUUGAAGCAGUGCUUUAUAUUUUUAAAACAUUCCCCAGGUUGCUGGAGUACAGAAAAUGCACUUGACAGAGCAUCAAACUUAAAAUAUGCAUAUUUUCUGCAUGGUGAAUGGUUUUGCAUUAAAUGCAAAUGAAAACACUAUAAUAAAAAUAUGGAUCCACCAUUGUUUCAUUUUUAGAUAAUUUCUGAUAAACUAGUGCACAGUGAUUGUUCUUACACAGGCAUGACAACACAAAUUUUACUAUAUACACCUUACAGCUGGUUUAUGUGACCAUAACUUACGUUUGAUUGAAUAAAUAUGAGUUAAUUUAUUAUUUUAAGUAAGAGAAAGUUUGGCAAACCCUAAUAUUCUCUGUUAGAGCAAUAGUCACUAGAAGUGUGUUUGGGCCCCUAGAAUGUAAACAUUGCUGCAUCUCCAAAAAUGCAAUGUUUUACAUUACGGGACCAAAAUGGCAGGGCCAUUGCAUCCAAAUAAUUUAAUUGAGAUGAAGUGGUCUGGGUGCUUAUAGCGGUCCUUCAGCUACGUGCUCUCAGCCUGUAAUUGCUGUCCAAUGUUAAAUGGCCUAUUGCAGCAGGUGAGAUACCUUUGAUAAAGUGCUCCAAAAAUGUAUACCACAAACCAACGAGUUGAUAGUUCCCAAUGGACUUUUGCAAAAUAACCACUAUAAUUUGCUGCAAUGGUGACGGUUCUUAUAGUGCCCCUUAAAUCCAUGUAUCUAUUAAUUUGGUGUUCCUCUUGUAGUUCUAACCAUUUAUGAAAUGUCAAAAAAAAAAAUACUUGUACAUGGAAUCAAGAUCUAGGAUAUGGAAUAUUCACAAGUAGAUGUGACAGAUAGUCUACCCCUCUCUAACACCUCUCCCCCCCCCCCAAAAGAAAAAAAUCAUAAAAAAAUUGAAGGCCAUGAAAACAUUGUUUUUGUUUAGAGUGACCCUUUGUUUCCUGGUUCUUCUUUCAAAAAAAAGGGGAAAAAAGAAUAUAGGUACACCUCACCUUCCUUUCUAGCAUUGAGGCCAUGUUUUCCCUCAGCUCAUUCCUCCUCCACUAACAUUAAUCCCUCGCUGAAGGGGCACAGAUGUUAGGGAAGGCGGGCUAAGUAGACAACAAAGGUGAUACGGUAGGAGUGUGCUGCCAUUGGCUGUCUUUUGCCAGCACGCUAUGCAUGAUGACGACAGACACCAAAUAUGUACAUAAUUUACUUUAGCCACUUGAAAAAGCCUACAAAAAGGCGAAACGCGUUAUGGUUUUAUAUUGUCUUUUGUCUAAUAAAGUAUUUUUGGCUACCUUACCGUUUAUUGAAAGCCAUAUAGUUUUGAGUUUUAUAUUUUUAUUUACUACCUGGCAUCUUAUCUCUCUAAUGAUAGUGUGUUCUUAAGUGUUCAGUUAAAUAUAUCCUUAAACAUAUUUACAAUACUAUAGCAGCCAUUAUGACUUUGCUGAUGACUUUCUAUACGAGCAAAAUCUUUUAAAAAUGUAGAUUUUAUUAUAUUUACUGUCAGAACUCAUAUAUAAGUGAAUAUUGAAUUAUAGUUUGUAGCUGUGGCAUAGUGAUAAAGACUAUCAAUAGGGGUUCAGAAACACAUACCCUAUAUUUUAUAUCACAACAUUAAAUCUGACUAAAUUAAUAAAAUGAGUACCCUGUAAAUAUUGGUGACAUCGGUGAAAGAGACACACUUUGUGAAAGGAAAAUCUCCUUCACUGUUACACCCUGAUAUUUUAUUAACCACGUGGAUACCAAGGCCAUUUACUCAAAUGAUUUUGUUGAGAUGACCACAAUGGCUCCAUUUUAAUGCUUUUUUUGAACAUUGAAUGGCAUGAGACAUGGAUGCUCCUUAUCCCUAUUAGUAUUUGUUUUAACACUCAAACCAUUUAUUGGCAUUGAUCAUUAGUGAACAUUCUAAUGAAAAUAUAUUAAUUAACAGAAGAGCAUAAUCUAGCCACACAUAUGGACGAUGUGCGCGUUCAAAACCCCCAAUACAUACAUAUGCUGUUUCAAUGUAAACGUUAGAUACUUAACCAAACACAAGCUAUUGUUCUAGUAGUAUUACAGGAG